UCAUGGCGUCAUGAUUGAGUAUUCAUUAUUUUGACAUAUUGCAUAUUAUUAUACAUAAAAAUAAUAUCAAACGACAAAUUAAAAAUUGUAUAGUGAUUAUAAUAAGUAUUAUGACUUGUUAGAAAUAGUAAUUGCCAGAGACAGUAAGUUUGAUGAAGAAAACAUAAAAAAAAAACAUCUUUUUAGACACUUUCAAUUCAAUGUGGAUAUAAUUUUCGCGAAUGAAGCGUUAGAUAACAUCAACUUUUAGAAAAUGGGAAUUCCUGGAUUAACAACGUACAUAUCCAAUCACUCUGACGAUUAUCUUGAAAAUUAUGCUUUACACGAUACUUAUUUAGUGAUUGAUGGCAACAGUAUAGGAUGUCAAUUGUAUAAUUGGUAUGCAAGAUGCAACUGUGCCUUUGGCGGCGAUUAUGACAAGUAUGCACAGUGUGUAACAAAUUUUUUUAAUGAACUCUUUAUGUGCAAUGUCAUUCCAUUGGUCUUAAUUGAUGGUGGUUGCGAAGACAAGAAACUGAAGACAAUCAUAUCCAGAACUAAUGAGAAGAUUGGAAUAGCAUCGCAUUACACACCACAAUCUCAACAAAGAACCAAAUUCUUUCCUCUACUUAUGAAAGAAGUUUUUAAAGAUGUCAUGAAAGAGAAAGGCGUCAAGUAUACACAAUGUAUAUUUGAAGCUGAUAACGUUAUAGCUGCAAUAGCACGUAUACUCAAUUGUCCUGUAUUAAGUUAUGACUCUGAUUUCUAUAUUUAUGGAUCAUUGUAUAUACCAUUCAGUACAUGGCAAAAUAAUGUAAUUCCUAAUCCAGUAGGUCGAGGUUAUAUGAAACUUUGUAAGAUUUAUCGUACAGAAAAACUUUUCCGAGUUUAUAAUGGAUUAAAUCAAUCUUUAUUGCCUUUAGCAGCAAUAUUAUUGGGAAAUGACUAUGUAAAACAACAUACAUUUAAAAACUUUUUUCGUCAUUUGAAAUUACCACGAGCAGGAAAAAAGAAAUACAAUGAGCAACAACGACGUAUAGAUGCCACAUUUAAUUGGCUAAGAAGACAUAGUUUAAAUCAAGCUGUAAUAGGAAUACUGAGUAGAUUACGAAAACGGGAACGCAAACACGUAUUAAAUAUAAUAGAAACUAUAAUAAAUGGUUAUAUCAAUGCUUCACUGAGCGUGUUACAUAUACUAGAUGUUCCUGCAGAGAAUUUUUCAAGAGCAAAUAUACAAGAUAUAUUCAAAACGUACAAAUUUGAAGGUGACAUAUACAAUCUGACAUAUAUUGAGGAAAAGCCAAAUGAAGCAAAUCUAAGUGACGACGACAAUGAAACAGACGAAAAAGAAAUAAUAACCAUACUUGAAGAAAAAGAAGUGAUUUCUAAUGAAUUGCUGGUUAACAAUUUGCCUCAAUGGUUUAUUAAUGAAUUCAAAUUGGGCAAAUAUCCUUCUUAUUUCAUAGACAUAAUAGUACGGAAAUUAUAUGUUUGUCCUGCACAAGUAGAAGACUUUUUAUACGUUUCGUCUGUUGUUGCAAGUUUAAAAAUUAUAGGUGUUAUUUAUGGAUUAUUGAUAUCUGGUAUUGAAGAAAGAAAGACCUGCAUGGAAUAUAUGACCAGAGAUGAGAAUAAGAAAAUAAAACGUUAUCAGUUAGAAUACAAUGAUAAUAUAUUAGGUUGUAAAUUACCAUCUUUGUUUAACUUGAGAGAAUUGCCUAUUGUUAUUAGGAGAAAAAUUUUAAAUACCACUUUGGGAAUUGCUGAUGAAAAUUAUAUACAGGAAAUUCCAUCACAUUGGACGUUAUAUAUCGCGACCAUGAAGUAUUGGAUAGAUCAACAAGAAUCAUUUAAAUUUACUUGUCAUAUAUAUUCCUUAUUAUUCGCUAUGUUAUUUAACAUAAUAGAUCACAAAAUAGGUCUGUAUAGAAAUUUAAACAAAUUCUAUCAUAGGUUUAAUAAAACAGUGGAAAAUAUUAAAUAUGCGAGAAAAAUGAGAAACUAUCGGCCACAAUAUUCAAUCGAUACUACACUAGUAAAUGCAUUUCAUGAAGUUAAUGCAGAUGAUUGCUUGAUUGCAGCUUCAUUUUUUAUAUCUAAUUUCGAAGCUGACCAGAAAUUAUAUUUGCAACCAAAACGAUUUAAUAUUACAAUUGUUCAUGGUUUCGCAGAAUUUCAAAAUUGUUUAAGACACAGUAUGAACUUAAAUGCAUUAUUGGGAUAUCCAUAUGAACAAACCAACGUUGCUAAGGUGUUUAAUGGUACAUUGUUGUAUAAUUUGUGUAGCAAUUUUAAAAGACGCGAUGAUGUUGAAGUUUAUAUUAAUUCGAUUUUGCAAAGUUCUCCGAGUUUAUCGCAUUUACUGAAUAUACUUUUAUUAAAAGUCAAACCUCUAUUUAAUACAGAAUUGAAAAAAAAAGCUAGUAAAUAUAAAAAGCAAAAGAUAAAAAGAUAUGAAAAAAAAGAAUCUACUACACAGGAAGAAGAUCAUGAAAAAGAAACUAUAAAGACAUGUGAGAGUACCAGAGAAGAAACUUUUUAUGAUGUAAAUAAUUCUUUUUCUGUUCUUGGUUCUACACAAUGUUAGAU